GGCCCCGGCAACGCAGCCCCGUCCGCCAUCGCCCUCGCCGUCGCCAUGGUGAAGCUGAGCAAGGAGGCCAAGCAGCGGCUGCAGCAGCUCUUCAAGGGCGGGCAGUUCGCCAUCCGAUGGGGCUUCAUCCCUCUCGUCCUCUACCUCGGCUUUAAGAGAGGUGCAGAUCCUGGAAUGCCUGAUCCAACUGUUUUGAGCCUACUUUGGGGAUGAAAGACCAUUUGACCAUCGGCACUGGAAGCAAUCAAAGGACAGGAAGAAAACUGAAGGGAUGCACUUUGACCAGAACAAAGACACUGGCCGUUUCAAAAUUUCAACAGCUGGACUGCAUAUUGCCUCUUUUUCAGACAUACUUAUGGCAGAGUGGACUUCUGCUGACUCAUUUGCAACAGAAUGUAUCUAAAUAAAUGCUUUCAAUCAUG